AUGGCUGCCACCUUCAGGUUGAAGUCCAGGCUGGCUCUGGUGACAGGUCAAUGAAUAUUAUGAAUUAGCAGCAAUAAUGGCAUUAACACAUGGUGGCAGAUACAUGCUGCAGGGGAUGGGGUUUGUACAGGCACAAUGGAACUGAGAAUAGUUUACUCAAGGUAUCAGUAAUGGCUGACAAUGGAACUGCUCCAAGCUAUGUUUCCUGUGAUAUUGAGAAACUGAUAGAACAGCAGGAAUUAACAGGGACUGAUAUAGCCUCUAGUCUGGUUCUCUGACAAUUAAGGGGGGUGAGGGUACUCAAUGUAUUAAUGUGGUAGGAGGGCUGGCAGUACCAUUGUAAAAGGGGAUAUUGAUAUAAAUAUUCUUAGAUCAUAGCUCUUCUAAGUAUAGAUAGAGUAGUGUCAAGACUUUUUAAAUAGCACAGCCCUCAAGGAAAGUCAAUCUAGGGGUUGCCUGUUGACAGUUUGUGAAGUAUGUGGGAGAACAACAGAUUUUUUGAAUGCUAUGUUGCCCCAAAUUAUGUUGUUUGUUUUUUUUAAUUUUAUUUAGUAAUUUUAUACAUUUUUAUGUUUGUUUGUACAUCUCAACUAAAACUUCAAUGUGCCCAACAUAUUGCAGGUUGGCUUUCUUAAUCCUGCAGUGUUUUGUUUUGGGAAAAGGAGGAAAAGCCUCAAUUACUCUGCCAUAUUAGGGAGUCCACAUCUAUUGUUUUUUUGUUUUUUUUUAAUAUAUAUAUAUAUAUAUAUAUAUAUAUAUAUAUAUCAUAUAUGUUUGGUCAUCUUCUCUAUUGGUAUACAUAUAUAUAUAUAUAUAUAUAUAUAUAUAUAUAUAUAUAUAUAUAUAUAUAUAUAUAUAUAUAUAUAUAUAUAUAUGUAUAUAUAUAUAUAUAUGUAUACCAAUAGAGAAGAUGACCAGCACUCUCGGAUUCCAAUAGGUAAUUAAAAGUUAAACUUUAUUCAUCCAUCUUUAAAAAUAGCUGCUCAACAUUUCAGUCCACGUUUGAAAGUCCCAAACGUGGACUGAAACGCUGAACAGCUAUUUUUAAAGAUGGAUGAAUAAAGUUUAUAACUUUUAAUUACCUAUUGGAAUCCGAGAGUGCUGGUCAUCUUCUCUAUUGGUAUGUGUAAUCUCCCCAGAUUGCAAGCACCCGGUUUAACUACUUUGGCGCCAGUGUGCAAGGAUAUUGUGGAUUAUUUUUAUAUAAAACAAAUAAAUAAUAAAUAGCACUCCCAGGGUUUGUAAAUAACCAAAAAAAUACUUUACUCCGUAAGUCAAUGUUUCAGCUCCUCUUGGGAGCUUUCAUCAGGACAGCAUACUGUAUGCUGUCCUGAUGAAAGCUCCCAAGAGGAGCUGAAACGUUGACUUACGGAGUAAAGUAUUUUUUGGGUUAUUUACAAACCCUGGGAGUGCUGAUUAUUUAUUUGUUUUAUAUCUAUUGUGCAAUCGAGCACCGGGUUCUAAUCUUUUUCGGUAGGAGGCUUUUUGUCCACAAUAUAUAUAUAUAUAUAUAUAUAUAUAUAUAUAUAUAUAUAUAUAUAUAUAUCACAGAGAUAUAAAAAAAUAUAUAUUAGUGAUUUGUAUGGUGGUUUGGUCAUAUUGGAGAGCUAAAUUGAAAGCUUUGCUGUCCUGCUUGAAUUGCAUCUUUUAUAAUGAUUCCUUUCAUAUUAGCAGAUGUGAUCACUCUAAUUCUCCCUUCAAAGAUUUGUUAAUCAGUAUCAGAUCUUACAUGGUUUGUAAUAUGAAUUAAUCUUGUACUGUUUCCUACUCUCUUGAGGUUACUGUUCUGACACAUUCUAAGGAGUCUGGAAUUACAGUCACAUAACAUUCAUGCGUGUUAAAUUAAACGUAUUUCCCUGCAUCUGUAUUUAUGAAGCAUUGAUUCAGAUUGUAUGUUUAUUAAAAGUUCUCACCAAAGAAUCAACAAGUCUGAACUGAACUCUUAAUAUUUUCAAGGUGGAGGUAGUGGGAUUGGACGAGCCAUCUCUCAAAGGUUGUCUCUAGAAGGAGCUUCAGUGGCUGUGGUUGAUGUAAAUAUUGAUUCAGCCAAAGAUACACUACAGAGUCUCUGUCAUGGACUUGUGGGACAGGCGCACACAGCCUUUCAAGUUGACGUCUCUCAAUCACAGAGUGUCAGUGCCUUAAUAGAGCAGAUACAGGUUAAGUGUGAGAUACAGGUCGCAAAUAAAAAUUUAUAUAAUGCAAAAGUUACACUGUUCUAAUUGUCCCUCUUUCCUCCUCAGGCUCAAUACUCACGGUCACCAUGUAUUGCUAUCAGCAGUGCGGGAAUCACUCGAGAUGAAUUCCUUCUUCACUUGGCAGAAGAAUCCUUUGAUUCCGUGUUGAGUGUCAACCUCAAGGUGACUAAAACAUAACCUUACACUCUGCAGUCCUAUCUUUUACUGGUGCAGUGUCAUUCCAAAACAAGAUUCCUUGCCUCAGUAUCUUUUAAGUGUACAACAGGAACAUUAACCGUACUGAAUAGCUUAGCAGCUUUAAAGCGAAAACCCAAUUCUUUGUUGCUGCAAUGUUUUUAAAUGUGUCAUAGAAUCAAUUUAAUUUAUUCUUUAGGGUUUCAUCCCUCUCCAUUUGUGUUAAAGCAUUCCUGCCAUAUUUUAUUUUAUUUCCUUUUCUUCUGGUCCACAGAUUGUUUUGAAUGCCAUCACAUGUAUAUUAGGUUUCCUAGGUAAUGGUGUUAAUGAGCAUAUUUGGAGUCAGAGUAAGCAUUGACCAAGUUGCCAUUCUACAAGAUUAUUCACGAACACUGAGUGUUAGCGAAUUCAAUUUAAAUGGCAAAUGGAGACUAAAAUCCCUGAUUUUAGAAAGAUUCGCCCAAAUCAGCCGCAGUCACAACACAGCUAUUUUAGCCUCAAUUUUGCCAUUCAAAUGUAAUUUGCUGAAAUUGAUUGUUUAAGGAAUCAGUCUUUUGUCAUAACUCCUGUUUUUUACCUGUGCAUCGUUCCAAGGAGUCUUUAGAUGUCUUUCCCUUUUAAUGUAAACUGCAUGAUUCUUACUCUUUGCCUUUUUCCCUUUUUUAUUUUAGGGUCCAUUCCUUAUUACACAAGCUGUGGCUCGAGCUCUUGUAGCCAACGGACAAAACAAAGGCUCCAUCAUCAACAUUGGAAGUAUUGUUGGGAAGGUAGGACAAAAAAAUGUUGUUUGUUUAAAAAAUGCAUUCAUACUUCAUGUUUGAAGAGGAUUGAUGUAUCAAUAAUUAUAGUAUUCUAAUGUAUUUGUUCCAUACACUUUCCCUUUCCAGUUUUUGUUAUUAAAAUCAUGAAAUAUAGAAAAAUCUGUUUCUAACACCCUAAUUCUUGCAGGUGGGAAACCUUGGGCAGUGUAAUUAUGCUGCAUCUAAAGCUGGUGUCGAGGGGCUGACUAGAACUGCUGCCAAGGAGCUUGCAAGGUAAGUCAGGCUUAAGGUCAUCCAACACUGCCAGAUGGAGGAAAUUAACAGUGCAGAUUUAGUCCAUAUUGUCUUUCUUUUUUCCAGCAUGAAAGCAUAGGCCUUACCUGCUACUUUGUUUCCUGCACAGGCCAGCACUGCUUAUAUCUCAACUAAUCUUCACUGCAGGAAGGCAAAUCUCAUGCAGCUAUAUCUCAUUCUCUUAAAGGGACACACCACUGUCAAACAAAUGACUAUUUAGUAGAUAUACCCACAAUGAAAACAUGCAUUUUUUCAUUUUGGGUAUAUCUAAAACCACUUACAAAAGCUGCAGAUUCAUUUUCCCCAGCCCAGACUUUCUGAGGCUGUCAAAUCUCAAACAACUCAAUGAGAAAUCUUUGCAAGGCAGGUGCUCUGGGCAUUUAGCUACCUCCUUGAGUUUAGCUCCACUGAGCUAGCCAAACCAGGAAGUAACAGGACUGCUUGUCUGAUUGACAGUCGAGGGGAUGUAACCAGGUUAAUGUAUAAAACUGCCCAUUUUUAAUUGAACUCUGCACUUAUUCUAAAAUCAGAAAAGCGGACACACUCUUCACAGAUAAAGCAAUUCAGCAAGCUAAAGUGCUUUAGGUGUUUGGAGUGUUCUUAAAACUAAUUAAUUUUUUCUUUACUUAAUGUCUUUUCUGCUGUAAACAUUUAAUUUUUCAUUUUCUCAGGUAUGGGAUCCGGUGUAAUACUGUGCUGCCAGGAUUCAUCUCUACACCGAUGACUGAUAAAGUCCCGCAGAAAGUAUUAGAUAAGGUGACCAAUACUGGGUAGUGCUAAAUCCUUGGGUCCUCUCUGUUUUAUUGUAUUCCCUGACAAGUAGUCAAAACUGUUUUAGAACAGUUAACCUAGGUCUCACCAGUUGCCUGUGACUGCAACCGGAAAACACUUUAACCCUAUGAGUCAUGGAUUAAACAGGUUUCUUGUCCCAUUGUGCUUACUUUCUUCCCAUAACAUUCAUAAUAAAACCUUUGGCUGAUCCAGUCUCUUCAAGGGGAACCAUCAACAUUUCUGUUUCCUCUCCUCCAAUGCAAUGUGUGGUAGUGGUACCAUGACUGAACUGGAUGUGAAUUUAAAGGAACACUCGAAGCACGCCUCCAUCAUUGUAAGGAAUCAAACUGGUUUUGAAUGGUUUGACUUCUUACCUGGGUCUGCUGGGUGUCUCUCUCUGGAGAGCUUGAAUUCCUAAGCAGGAACUUUGUUUGCUCAAAAGAGCUAUUGCGAUUUCCUACAUAGGAUCGUCUUACUUAGGAACUUCCAGUUCUCUAGAGAUAGGGAGCAGGUCCAGCAGACUCCUUACAAUGGGAGAGGGAGCAGGGCAUUAUAGGCACCAUAACCACUACAGUGAGCUGUUAUGGUAUUUGGAGUGUUUCUUUAAUAUACAUUAAAAAGAACAUAGCAUAACAUGAAAAUAAGAUUAACACAAGUUAUAAGUGAUUUUUUUUUUUUUUUAAUUCUUAUUCAGUGGUGGGAUUUGCAGAAAAGUGAUGGGUUUACUUUUCUCUAGUUUUAAGUACAGGUUGUUACAUUAUAUUUCCUUCUAAUACGCCCCUGUCUCUACAGAUUUCGGGAUCCAUUCCUAUGGGCAGACUUGGUAAACCUGAAGGUAAAGUUACUAUUUAGCCCUGUGUGCUGUAUUUUUAAAGGACAAUUCAUUGAGUGUGUUUUUAAAGUAUUGUGGAGAGAUCUGUGUGUAUUUGCUAAUCUACAUGCGUUUUGCUAAUCAUUGCGUUGAAAUCCAUUUUAAAUUGGAAAUAUAAACAUGUAAAGUUGUAACAGCCAGUUUGGGCCUUGAUACAUCUUGUCAAUUAUUUCACACUUUCCAGAUAUUGCUGAUGUUUGUGCGUUCCUGGCAUCGGAUGACAGCAAGUAUAUCACAGGGGCCAGCAUUGAAGUGACCGGUAAAAGAAAAAUCCCUCCUAUAAUAAUGUUUUUAUUGGUAUUUGUUUAUAUAGGAAGUGGCACAUUUUCUUUGAGAGGUAUUUUUUUUCUUUUUAUAUGAUAAUCAUUAGUGUUUAGGACUUUUCAUAACUCUUUAGCAUAUUUUACCAUUUAUAAUUUACACCCUAAAUCCACAUUUUGUGCAGCCACACAGUUUAUAAAUUUCCAUGUGAGAAGAAGUCCUGGGAUAUGUCCAAGUCAGGAAAUUCCAGCUAAUUUGUGUAAUUUUAUGCCACAAACAAGGCUGAUCCCACAGUGUAAUAACAAGAAUAUUGCAGUGUACUGCACAGUACCAGGUUAUAGAUCAGGUUGUACUUUAUUUAUUGCUGUUGUUGCUUAUAUGCUCAAUGCAUUAUACUACUUGCUUAGAUUGUUGCUUUUUGUUUUUUAUAUACAGGUGGGCUUUUUAUGUAA